AUGUUGAGGGCACUCCGCGGAGCAGCGGACCUACUAUCGACGGCUCUUUACAAGAAUGAAAUGAUGAUGAGUAGAAGAUAUUUAUCAACUCCAGCUCCUGAACCUGCAAAACCAUCAUCUGAAGAGACUACGGAAUCCACGGAACCGGCAACAUCUGUAGAAGAUGCUGGAGAACCUAUGAAAGAGAAACGAAUCACUCAACCAUAUUCUAGCGAGGCGCUUACAAAAUUGAAACUUGAUCAGUAUCCAUUAUACGUGGAGAGAGAAUGGUGGAAAACCGGAAAACGAAUGACAUUCUGGGCGAGUUGGCGUCAGUUGAGAGAUGUCAAACGACGUGAGCAGAUUCAGGAAGUCGGCGCGGAUCGUAUGCGUCUAAAAGCUAUCAAAUUCAACACAAUUCUCCCGCAAGCGAUUCGUGACGAAGCAGCCGAGAAAAUGCAAAAAGCUCGAAAAUACGAUCAUCCUCGUCUGAUUCUCAAUAUGUGCCAGUUCACAGGACGACAACGUGGAAAGAUAAAGCCAUACAGAUUGAGUAGACACUUGUUCCGUCGAUUUGCAGAUAGAUCAGCUCUCAGUGGAGUCCAAAGAGCCAUGUGGUAGUGUGAGAUAGGAGUUGUAGUUUUAGAUUUAUUUGUUUUCUAUUUUUGAUUUCUUCUUCGUUUUGAACACUUCUUUUGUUAUCGAUGCUCUUAAUGAAUUAUUUUUGUUUUAUUGUGAUAUAGAUUAUGAUAUCUCUG